GCACUUCAGCGGCACAAAGCACGUGUGGUGAAAUGCCCAACUUCUCCAUCUCGGCCAAGGCGUACGCCAAGAUAGUUCUCCACUGCUGCAAGUACCCUCACAGAGCAGUCAAUGGGGUCGUGAUUGGCACAUUCUCGGACAAGGACCAGGGAGCGGCGGUCCUGAUCCAGGAUGCUGUCCCACUCUUCCAUCAGAACCUCAGCCUUGCUCCCAUGCUAGAGGUGGCUCUGAGGCAGGUUGAUGUGUACAGUGAAAAGAAGGGACUUGUGAUUGUUGGCUAUUACCAUGCAAACCAGAGACUAGAUGACAAUAGUCCCAGUGAAGCAGCACAGCUCAUAGCUGGAAAAAUAGCCAGCAACGUAAAGUCGUCCAACAAGGCUUGUCUUCUCAUGGUGGACAACCAGAGUGUGGGGAAGAAAGACCAGCUUUGUUUAAAGCUGAUGACUAGAGUGGAGUCAGAGAACAGAUGGAAGGAUCACAGAGAUUUUUCUCUGGUGGGGAGUGCACAGGCCCAGGAGAGGGUGCACAGUCUCAUUCUGAGCAGAGCCUUUGAGAAGCUGGUGACUUUGACAACCACCUGGACAACAUAGAGAUGGACUGGACCAAUCCCUCUGUCAAUCAGGCCCUUGAGAGUAGCUCCACUAGGGAGGAAUAAUAGCAGUGUGUGUAUAAUGUGCCAAAUUUGCAAUAAUGUUAUUGGCAAGUGAGGUAGGUCAGCCUAUAUACCAGGUUGUCAAACCAUGCACGAUUUUUUCCUGCAUUUUUUUACUGAUGGCGAAAUUAUAAUUUUGGCGGGAAGCAUCAAAAUUGUUGAUGGGGCUGUGGCUAAGACUGUAAGUGAAUGUGGG